AUGUCAAACCUCUCUGAUGUGCAACUCGCUGCUCUCAAAGCUGCACAGGAUAUACUCGACAAUGCUGGUCUUUCACCUCUUGAUCUCAAUACCGAUUUACCUUCUUCUCAUGAUGUUUCACCUGCAGCUUCUUCUGUGUCAGUACAACAACCAGUAAUUCCAUCACCAGAGGUCAUGGCAGCAUGCUACUGCCCACAACCUGCUCGAUUAUUCACCAUAGACGAAAUUGCACAAGGUUGCAACAAAGUCAAUCACGAGACUAGUGUUGAUGCCAUCAUUGAACAUCCUCUUGGUGUGAUUGUUGAGUAUCCUCAAACUGGCUCUGCACCAGGUCAUGCAGUUGCUCACAUUUUCCACAUCAACCCCGAUCCUAAGUCAUUCAUCCACCCAAAGUCUAAUUUACAAUAUUCUCUCGGUGAUUAUCACAAUGGACGUCAAAAUGCAUGGUGUUUUUUACUCAAAGACCCUUUCGGCAAGUCUGUUCUUUGCUCAAAGCUGAGAACAUCAUGCAAAGGACUGAAACUGUGCUCAGCUCGAACUGAUGACUGUCUCCCUCAUGACUAUGUUGACCGUCACUCAUUCAACACUACUUCACCACUUUCGUACUCAAAUUCACCUCAAACUGAGGCACAGAAGGAGGUUUUUUUGAAGACACUCAAUUUCUUUUGUGCUGUCAAAGACAAAGGUUACUCUCUAUCAUUUGAAAGUAAUCCUGACGAUUCUACUAAUGAGUUAUUGAUGUAUCAUACAUCGGAAAGUGCUGACUCGGACUCGGACUCUGAGUCUGAAUUUGAUGUUGAUGCACUAUCGAGCCGUCGUAAAUGGAAGCGCAAAAUGUGCAAGGGCAACCUUGUGAUGCACAUUGAUCGAUUUAACCAACCUUUCAUUCAGUGCAAGUAUUUCUCAAUGCCGACACAACAUGCACACCUUGUUCUGCGAAACUUGCAAGAAUUUGAUAUUCCAUACCUCCAGGCAUUGCUCGAAAACAACCAACAAUGUAUUUUUCAAUUUGAGGAAAUUGCACGUGCUCAUGGUUAUGGCCCUUUGGCACCCUGCACGUUCAUGGCCUCCCCUGUCGAGCAAAAGCAAUUGUGCUUCAAAUGUUUCAGUUCACUUCUCUUGCGACUCGAAUGGAAAUUGGCUGAUGCAACCCCUCAUUGGCUGGUUCUUGACUCUGGGUUUAUGCAAGAACUGCGAUGUGUCCUUGGAUGGAGUCCUACAAUAGAUUUCGAUCCACACUUGGAGGACUUACAUCCAUCUCUCGGAAAUCUCGAUCAUGUACGAUGA